ACUUGUGUUGAGCAGCAGCAGAGAAGUUUGUGUCCUACGCCUAGACCGUCCCAUCCAGAGACACGGCUGUGAUCUCCUACUCCUUCUUUCUGAACUGGAUUCCCGCAAUCCCCCCUACUUCCAGCUACCAAUGUAUAGCAUGCUGGACACUGAUAUCAAGAGCCCGGUGCAGCAAGCCAACUCCCAGAGCGGGGGAGCCGGGACUCCCGGGGCCAAAGGCAAUGCGACCAACCAGGACCAGGACCGGGUCAAGCGCCCCAUGAACGCCUUCAUGGUAUGGUCCAGGGGGCAGAGGAGGAAGAUGGCCCAGGAGAACCCCAAGAUGCACAAUUCUGAGAUCAGCAAGAGGCUGGGGGCCGACUGGAAACUCCUGAGUGACUCCGAGAAAAGACCUUUCAUAGACGAGGCCAAAAGACUGAGAGCUGUCCACAUGAAGGACUACCCGGAUUACAAGUACAGACCAAGGAGGAAGACCAAGACCCUCCUGAAGAAGGACAAGUACUCCCUACCUGGCAAUCUCCUGGCUCAAGGGGUCGGCUCAGUCUCCAGCGGUGUAGGAGUUGGCCAGAGGAUAGACACUUAUGCCCACAUGAAUGGCUGGACUAAUGGGGCUUAUUCUCUGAUGCAGGACCAGCUUGGCUACAGCCAACAUCCAGGGAUGAACAGCCCCCAGAUCCAACAAAUGCACAGGUACGACAUGAGCAGCCUGCAGUACAACCCCAUGAUGUCUUCUGCCCAGAACUACAUGAAUGCAGCUUCUUCCUACAGCAUGUCCCCAGCCUACAACCAGCAGACCUCCUCAGUCAUGAGCCUUGGCUCCAUGGGCACAGUGGUCAAAUCUGAGCCCAGUUCCCCCCCACCUGCCAUCACCUCCCACACUCAGAGAGCCUGUUUAGGAGACCUGAGAGAUAUGAUCAGCAUGUACCUGCCCCCAGGUGGCGAUGCCAGUGAUCCAUCUUCCCUCCAGAACAGCAGGUUACACAGUGUCCACCAACAUUACCAAAGUGCAGGGACUUCGGUCAAUGGCACUGUACCACUAACGCACAUUUAAUGGACACUAAUCCACUUUAAAUCGGACGCUAUUGCUUGAUUGACAAGCAUAUCAGAAUGCAGAAAACUUGAGGACAAGGAAUCAAAAGGGUGUAUUUUUUUUUUUGUUUUUUUUUUUUUUUGUACAAAGUUUGCGCAAACUUCUAGAGCACAAUGUUUUCUGUGCCCAUUGAGGGGCAAUUCUGUGGCUUUUGAACCCCACUGACUCCUAGAUCAGCUUUCCUGUUUUAUUGAGCCCCUUAUCUUCACUUUUAGAAGUAACUUUGGGACAAUUAACCAUAAUCCAAUGUUUACACGUUUUAUUGCUCUGCUCAAGACUUUUCUCGAGUUUUACCCAAAUUGUAGAUUCUUGCCAUUAACUUUUUAGCCUUGUUUUUUGUUUUUUUUGUUUUUUGGAACUUUACAAAAAAUGUGCGGGCG